GGUUCUAAUUCUCUAAGCCAAGCCACGUGGUGGUUGCACUCAACUUCAACAUCCACAGCAGCACACAACAACUAGCCAAAUGUAAAACACCAACGCAACCAUUGGAGCAUUGCUGCUGUGUGCCCGUGCUUGCUACCAUAUCUACAAUCUCUCUCACCCACGUGUAUGUAUUCCACCAAGCCAUCCGCUACUUGCCUCCUCCUCCGCCCACGUGUCUCUCCAUUUUCCUACUUUCUCAAACUGAUUUAGACCCUUAAACUCGCUCUCCUCUGUAUAACCCCCACCUGAAAUUCCUCCAACAGAAACCAUACGCAGAACAAACAAACACACACACUCUCUCUCUCUCUCUAGAAUAUGGAUUCCCAGAACCUCAAACAACGCAGAACAGACGAUCCCAACACCGCUGCCGCCACCACCACCAUGAACAAGAGCAACUACAAAAGCAAAAAGGAUAUGAGAAUGGACAUGGCCAAACGCGGCCUUAGGUCAUUGGCCAUAGCGGUUGCAAUCCCUGUCUCUCUCCACCUGCUUGCUAUUUACUUGGGCUCCACCGACAACUACCCCACCGGCUCCUCCAAGCCCUUCUGGUUCCCGCCCUUGUGGGCCCUGCGAUUCAUUUGCAUGGCUUCCAGUUUCUUGAUGGGUCUCUCGGCUUGGCUUGUGUGGGCUGACGGUGGCUUCCACAAGAAUCCCACGGCUCUGCCUCUUUAUCUGGCCCAGCUAGGAUUGAAUUUGAUUUGGGAUCCGAUUGUGUUCGGGGCAGGAGCGCCUUGGGUCGGGUUGCUGGUGUCCAUGGGGAUGUUUGGGACUAUGGUUGCCUGUACUCGGGUGUUCAAGAAUAUCAAUCCAGUUGCAGAACUGGCUUUGAAGAGGACAAAAAAAAUUCAUGUUGUGUUGAAUUCUGUGAUAACCGCGCUAUCAAGUCAUCAAAUAUCUUGGAUCAGCUGCUCUCAGCAAAGCUAUGCAGGCGCAUGAUCUGCAUACAGGCAUGGAUGUUUGUGUGAGAAUUAUAAAGAACAACGAAGAUUUCUUUGAUCUGAGCCUUGAUGAGAUAAAGCUUCUCAAAUACAUCAAUAAGCAUGAUCCUGCUGACAAGUACCACAUUCUACAUUUGUAUGAUUACUUCUAUUAUCGAGUAAGGGAAUGUACAAUUUUGAUACUUACCUUGUUUGGUUUUGAGCUUUUAUAAUAUUUCGACAUAGAUUUUUGUU